UUGUAGACAAUUUCAAUUUGUUUAUCACUGUAUUAGUCAACAACUAAUGUAAUAAUAUUUGUAAUGUCAUAGUAUUGUUGUUGUUGUGGUUAUUGUCGACAAAGUUGUGAUCAAUUGAUAACAACAAUGAAUACUAAAAGAGCUGAAGAAUUGCGACUUCAGGCCAACAAAUGUAUGGCCGACAAGAAGUACGCCGAAGCACUCAUACACUAUACACACGCUAUCAAAGAGGACAACCGAUCGGCCAAACUGUACUCCAAUCGGAGUCUGGCUUUUCUACGUCUUCAGCAAUACUAUUAUGCGGCCGAAGACGCAAAAGAGUGUAUAGAUUUGGACCAACAGUGGUUCAAAGGAUACGUCCGACGCGCAGAUGUCUAUCUAGAGUGUGGUCUUUACGAGGAAGCGCUUAAGAGCUAUCAUUUGUCUUUACACUUCUUGACCAUUGAUCGCAACACUGAUGGCAACAAUAGUGACAAACAUGAAGACAGUAUCAAUGGGUCAAUCAAGCGAGCACUGGAUCAGCUACAGAAGCAAAGGGCCUACGAUUAUCAAAUCCCGUGGGUGGGCGCCGCACUCGGACUGGUAGUUGGUAUGGCUUUGGUUACGUGGGAUUAUGUGGCCAACUAUUCUUCGCCAUACGUAAGACAUCCGAUACUCAAACUGUUCAUCAUUGGUGUUGUUUCAGCCAUUUUCUUCUAUUUGGCUAAACUUCAGAGAAAUUAUCACAAGAAUUAUAAAGAGUCACUAUUGAAGCCACCAUUGGAUCUGUUAGGUGGUGAUCAACAGCACAAAGAUUAAAAAAGAUCUCAAUUGGACUUCCGUUUAAUUAAUUGAUUUACAAAAAUCAAUCACUUGUUAUGAUUUAGUGUUUAUUUAAUUGUAUUCAUCACUGAAUUUAAUUAUUUUUAUUUUAUUUUUCUAAUGAUAUAUGAUUUUUACAAUUUUAGUUUUUAACUAUUUUUUAUACAAUACGUGUAAAACAUAUGCGUAUAAA